UAUCUUUUCUGUAGCCGCAGUGGAACUUAACGAUUCCUUGUGGUUAGAAACAUGGGGACUACAUGUACACAGGUUUUAGUGGGGGUCAUAUGUUUGCUUUUUUCACAAUGUUCUGGCUUCUUCAAUCCUGCUAUGAAACACUCCCUCGCACAAUCCAUCAGCCAAUCCGUUUCAAAAGCAGUUGCCAACAACCAGAACCAGAUGUUGGUAGCUAAUGUCGCAAACGUUGGCUCCAUGGUCGGAACACAAAACAAUGGCCCAGUACAGAACUUCAACGCUGGAAAACCUGCACCAAAGCAGCCAAGUUUGCCGUCAGGAAUCAGUUCCUCGUUCGCUAGCAGAUUUACUGGUGGUCAGCAGACUCAACAGAGCCACAAUUCUUAUCACGCUUCCAUGUCUGCAUCCGCUAGUCAACAACAGCAACAGGUUAAUGAGUACCGUAAGCUUUUCGGAAUGCUUGCUUCAUUGGCCCAGAACCAGCAUCAACAACAUUCACAUUCUGGAAAUGUAAUGAAAGCAGAAGCCAUCCUGAAUAAGAUGCUUGGAAAGUCCAUCAGCAUGAAAGCCACGAAUUCUUAUUCCUCACCUACUCAAAUGAAUUCUCGUAUUCAACUUAUCCAGAAUAUGAUUGUUGAACUUAUGAACUAUAGAAAGCAGAUCGGUAGUGCAAAAGCCAAGAAAAACCCAUUAACAGUAUUCAUGAGGAGCUACGAUCUUCAAAAGAAGGGAAUGUUGGAAGCCUUCUUGAACCUAGUCCGUAAUCAGCAGGUGCAGCAGGCCGUCGUUGACAACUCAGUUUACCGACGUGUAAGCUCUUCAAACAAGAAUUCCCACAACACAAUUGUUUUCGCGAAGAAUGCCAACGUCCAUUCUCCAGUCCAGACACAGCACAAUGCCCCGAUGUACCCAGCACCACCAAAGACAACACCAGCCCCAACAACAACAACUCCAGAACCAACAACAACAACAACCACACCAGCCCCGACAACGACAACACCUCCCCCUCCUCCGCCACCCAAGUACCAACCUCCACCUAAAUAUCAACCUCCUCCUCAAUACCAACCUCAACCAUACUAUCAACCUCAGUAUGUUAACCAACACCAGACAGUCAACAAUAACGUCAACGUCAACAACAAUGGAGGACGUAAUGCAAUGAACGCUCGUGUUAAUAUUGGUAAUAACCAAAAUCAGCAUGCAGGCGGUCAAGGUGGAUUUUAUCCCGGCCCUCCUCCUCAAGGACCUCCUCCAAAAUCACCAAGUCCCCCAGGACAGUGGCAACCAGCACCAGGACAGCCUAACCAGUUCCAGGGACUCAAUAAUAAUGUUAAUGUUAACAAUAACGGAAGAGGUCCAGCUAACUUUAAUGUCGGAAUACAAAACAACCAAAAUCAGCAUGCUGCUGGAGGUGGAUAUUAUGGAGGAAUCCAAGGAGGUGCUCAGCAAGGUGGACAUGCCCAGCAAGGUGCUUACAUGCAAGGCGGUCAUGGUGGUGCUCAAGGUGGUCACGGUGGUGCCCAGGGUGGUUAUGGUGGUCAGCAAGGGGGUCAACAAGGAGGUCAUGGUGGUCAGCAAGGUGGUCAACAGGGAGGUCAUGGUGGUCAGCAAGGCGGCUAUGGUGGACAACAAGGUGGCCAACAGGGCGGUCACGGUGGCGCUCAAGGCGGGUAUGGUGGUCAACAAGGUGGUCAACAGGGCGGUCAUGGUGGUGCCCAGGGUGGUCAUGGUGGCCAACAGGGCGGUCACGGUGGUGCUCAGGGUGGUUAUGGUGGACAACAAGGUGGCCAACAGGGAGGACAUGGUGGUCAACAAGGAGGACACGGUGGUCAACAAGGUGGUCACGGUGGUCAACAAGGCGGGCAAGGUGGUCAACAAGGUGGACACGGUGGUCAACAAGGUGGUCAACAAGGUGGUUAUGGUGGUCAACAGGGAGGACAUGGUGGUCAGCAAGGCGGACACGGUGGUCAACAAGGCGGACACGGUGGUCAGCAAGGCGGACACGGUGGUCAACAAGGUGGUUAUGGUGGUCAACAGGGAGGACAUGGUGGUCAACAAGGCGGACACGGUGGUCAGCAAGGCGGACACGGUGGUCAACAAGGCGGACACGGUGGUCAACAAGGCGGUCAGGGUGGUCAACAAGGCGGACACGGUGGUCAACAAGGAAGGCACGGUGGUCAACAGGGAGGACAAGGCGGUGCUCAAUUCGGAGCUCAUUGGAAAGGUGUUUUCGGUCAACAAGGAGGAGCUGGUGGUGCUUAUAGUGGUGCUCAAGCUGGCCAAGGAGGUGCACAGGGCGGUCAACGAGGCGGUCGUGGUGGAGCUGCUGGUGGAUUCACAAACAUGCAUGUUGAUAUUAUGAAUAAUCAAAACCAGUACAGUGCUGGAAAUGCUAAUCAAUACCAAGGACUUAAUAACAAUGUCAACUUAAAUAACAACGCUGGUCCAAGUUCCCGCUAUCCAAUGGGGCAACCUAAAAUGCCAAAAGCUCCGAAAGGAGGACCAAAAGGUGGUGCUGUAGGUGCUUAUCAGGGUGGAUAUGGUAACAGUCAAGGAAUGAACAACAACCUUAACAUUAAUUUAAAAGUACCAAGGCCACCAAAACAGUCUGGUCCUAAGGGCGGCAGUCCAGCCAAAGAUCCCAAAAAGACACACAUUUAUAUCAACUUUCACGCUCCCAUUGACAACGGAUUCUAUCCUUCCCUGAAUGCAGGAGUUGGCCCUCGACCAAAAUCUCCUGGAGGAGCAACCCCAAAGAAAGGACCAAGACCAAAGGGACCUAAAGGAGGUUCACCAAAGAAGGGACCCAAGAAAGGACCAAAGAAAGGUGCUGGACCUACUCCUAAGAAAGGACCUCGACCUAAAUCCCCUUCUCCUAAAACUAAAGGACCAAAGAAAGGUCCCCGACCCCCAAAGGGUGGACCUCAGCCAAAAAGUGGAGCACCCCAGCCCAAAGGUGGCCCAACAGGAAAACAUACAAAAACAACAUUUCAUCAGCUCCAACACGGAAAGCUUCCAAUUAAUUUAGUUAUCAAUAAUAAUUUCCCACAAAAUAUGAUGAAUAUCCAUGGACAUGGUAAUAACGCUGGUGCCACAGCUCUCCAUCAACCAAACAAUAACGCAGGAGGUCAUCAAGGAGCCAGCUACAAUGGACAAUCUGCUCACACACAACAAUCACAAGGAGGUCAGGCAGGAGGACAUGGUCAGGGUCAACAGGGAGGUGGACAGGGUCAAGGUCAACAGGGAGGUGGACAAGGUCAGGGGCAGCAGGGUGGAGGAUAUGGUCAAAGUCAACAGGCUGGAGGACAUGCUCAAGGUCAGCAGUCUGGAGGACAAGCACAGUAUAGUUCACAGUACAGCGCACAAUACAACACUCACACCAAAUUACAUGAAACUGUCCUACCUAGAAACAAAGUCAAAAUAGUGGGUGACAGAAACAAGGUUCGCACAUUCGCAGGUUUAGAAAACCAGCUCCAAAAUCUUCCUCAUGGUUCGACAGUCAAAGGUGCACAAUCUGGACAAGGACAAUCACAAGGUCCAUCAGCUAUGGUAAACGUGCAUAUGCAACAACUUCUUCAGCUUCUUACUGGUCAGGGUGGUCAAGGCGGUAGUCAAGGAGGAAGUCAAGGCGGUAGCCAGGGAGGAAGUCAAGGCGGAAGUCAGGGAGGAAGUCAAGGCGGAAGUCAGGGAGGAAGUCAAGGCGGAAGUCAGGGAGGAAGUCAAGGAGGCAGCCAAGGCAGUGCUUACGACAUUUAUGCCCAACAACAACAAGCUCUUCAGAUGCAAAGCGGAAGUCAAGGUGGUAGCCAAGGCGGAAGUCAAGGAGGCAGCCAGGGCGGAAGCCAAGGAGGCAGCCAGGGUGGAAGUCAAGGUGGCAGUCAAGGAGGCUCCCAAGGCAGUGCUUACGACAUUUACGCCCAACAACAACAGGGUCUGCAAAUGCAAGCUGGCCAGCAAAGUGCACAAUACGAAGCCUACGCACAAGGUGGUCAGGGAGGACAACAACAAGGUGGUUACCAACAAGGAGGUCAACAAGGUGGACAACAGGGUGGUCAACAAACCAUCAUGAUGUCUCAGAUUAUGGAACUAGCUCAACAGGUGCUAGCUGGAGGACAGGGUAAUCUCCCGCCAUCAACACAGCAAAUGUUAGACAUGAUCAUUGCUCAAGGACAAUCAGGACAGGGAAUCCCUCCAGAUCAGAUAAACGGGCUUAUUGAGAUGCUUACCCAACAAUUACAAAGCGCUAGCUUCCUUGACCUUGGUGCUCAAGCAGGAGCUCAGGGUUCAUCAUCAUACGCAGCAUCAAGCAGCCAACACGCCUCAUCGCAACACAGUAGCUACUCUGCCGGGCAGCAGCACCAUCAGCAGUCUGGUGGAUAUGCAGCUGGUCAAAGCCAGGGAAUGCAGUUCAUCGAUCCAGUAACCAAUAACGCCGUUCCACCUGUGGACUUCCUUGGGUCUCUUCCGAAAAUGGCUCUUUUCGAAUCCGGAUCCGUUGUCGUGUCCAAAUCCAAAAAGCCUUAAAUCAGGGAAAAAGACAUUUAUAGCUUAAACAGCAAGUCGGCCAUGAUCUUGGAAGCCAAAAUCUACAGUUUUUCGUUGAUUUCCUUUUCGAAUACACUGGUUUCCAUUAAACAUGGUUGAUUACAUCUUAGGGUCUUGUUGAAACAGUACGUCCUGAGGAAAUUCGAACUAGCAAUGUUUGGUUCAGGGAUUAUUUGGGCGCACCGGAAACAGUAUUAUUUGACAGUUAAUAUGUUAUGCAUGUUAUGUUAAUUUUAGAUGACCACUGUGAUUUCACGUGUGCGAGAGGCGAGAGUAAGAAUAUUUAUUUUGUUAUGAGUGUUGUUAAUUUAUUUUAUUGUGAUGACAAGUGAAAUCCGUUUGUCUCACUGUUAUGUCAAUAAAA